CGGGUGCGGGCGGCGGGCGCCGGGCGCACACCGGCCGGCGGGGCUGAGGCGGCGCGGCGCGGCGCGGACUGAGCCCCAGGCGGAGGCCAAGUCGGACGACGCGGCGUGGCCGCGGAGGCGGAGGCAGCCGCGGAGGCGGAGGCGGCCCGCGGGGGGUGGCGAGGGUCGCCGGGCCCCCGCGGACCUGUCGUCCUCGGCCCGUCCUCCGGCCCCGGCCCCGCGCGGCUGAGGAGGCGCGGCCAGGACCAUGUCGGCGGGCGGCCGUGACGAGGAGCGGCGGAAGCUGGCCGACAUCAUCCACCACUGGAACGCCAACCGGCUGGACCUGUUCGAGAUCAGCCAGCCGACCGAGGAUUUGGAGUUCCAUGGAGUGAUGAGAUUUUAUUUUCAAGAUAAAGCUGCUGGAAACUUUGCAACAAAAUGUAUUCGGGUCUCUAGUACUGCCACCACUCAAGAUGUAAUCGAAACGCUCGCGGAGAAAUUUCGACCUGAUAUGCGAAUGCUGUCGUCUCCCAAGUAUUCACUCUAUGAAGUGCAUGUCAGCGGAGAAGAAAGAAGAUUGGAUAUAGAUGAGAAACCUCUAGUUGUACAACUGAAUUGGAACAAAGAUGAUCGGGAAGGCAGAUUUGUUCUUAAGAAUGAGAAUGACGCCAUUCCUCCUAAGGCUCAAAGUAAUGGACCUGAAAAGCAGGAAAAAGAAGGGGUUAUCCAGAACUUCAAGAGAACUCUCUCAAAGAAAGAAAAGAAGGAAAAAAAGAAGAGAGAAAAAGAGGCAUUGCGACAGGCAUCUGAUAAAGAUGAUAGACCUUUCCAAGGGGAGGAUGUUGAAAAUUCUCGACUGGCUGCUGAGGUUUACAAAGACAUGCCGGAAACCAGCUUUACUCGAACCAUUUCUAAUCCUGAGGUGGUUAUGAAACGACGGAGGCAGCAAAAAUUGGAAAAGAGAAUGCAGGAAUUUCGGAGCUCAGAUGGGCGGCCUGAUUCAGGUGGAACAUUGAGAAUUUAUGCAGAUAGUUUAAAACCAAAUAUUCCCUACAAGACAAUCCUGCUGUCUACUACAGAUCCUGCAGACUUUGCUGUGGCUGAAGCUUUAGAGAAGUAUGGUCUGGAAAAAGAAAACCCUAAGGAUUACUGCAUCGCCCGGGUUAUGCUUCCUCCUGGAGCCCAGCAUUCUGAUGAAAAGGGUGCUAAAGAAAUUAUUCUUGAUGAUGAUGAGUGUCCUUUACAAAUCUUCAGGGAAUGGCCAAGUGACAAAGGGAUUUUAGUCUUUCAAUUGAAGAGGAGGCCACCAGACCACAUCCCAAAGAAAACCAAGAAACACUUGGAAGGCAAGACACCCAAGGGAAAGGAGAGAGCUGACGGGUCUGGCUAUGGCUCCACCCUUCCUCCGGAGAAGCUGCCCUAUUUAGUAGAGUUAAGCCCAGGGAGAAGGAAUCACUUUGCCUACUACAACUAUCACACUUACGAAGAUGGUUCUGACUCUAGAGAUAAGCCAAAGCUUUACCGCCUUCAGUUAAGUGUUACUGAAGUUGGGACAGAAAAGUUGGAUGACAACUCUAUCCAGUUGUUUGGCCCAGGAAUUCAGCCCCAUCACUGUGACCUUACCAACAUGGAUGGAGUGGUCACUGUGACGCCCAGAAGUAUGGACGCAGAAACCUACGUGGAAGGCCAGCGCAUCUCAGAAACCACCAUGCUGCAGAGUGGCAUGAAAGUGCAGUUUGGGGCGUCCCAUGUAUUUAAGUUUGUGGACCCCAGUCAGGAUCAUGCUCUUGCAAAAAGAUCUGUGGAUGGAGGCCUGAUGGUUAAGGGCCCAAGACAUAAACCUGGAAUUGUUCAGGAGACAACUUUUGAUUUGGGAGGAGAUAUUCAUAGUGGGACAGCAUUACCGACAAGCAAGAGCACCACUAGGCUGGACAGCGACAGAGUGUCGUCUGCCUCUAGCACAGCCGAGCGGGGAAUGGUGAAGCCGAUGAUCAGAGUAGAACAGCAGCCAGAUUAUCGCAGGCAAGAAAGCAGAACACAGGAUGUUUCUGGGCCUGAACUGAUACUACCUGCAAGCAUUGAAUUCAGGGAAAGUUCUGAAGAUUCAUUUUUGUCUGCCAUUAUAAAUUAUACUAAUAGCUCUACAGUCCACUUUAAGUUGUCCCCUACAUAUGUAUUAUAUAUGGCAUGCCGGUAUGUAUUGUCCAACCAGUACAGACCUGACAUCAGCCCUACAGAGCGCACACAUAAAGUCAUUGCAGUCGUCAACAAGAUGGUGAGCAUGAUGGAGGGCGUCAUCCAGGAAGUAGACCAGGUUGACCAGAAACAGAAGAAUAUUGCAGGGGCACUUGCCUUCUGGAUGGCAAAUGCAUCUGAACUUCUCAACUUCAUUAAGCAAGACCGAGACCUUAGUCGGAUCACACUGGAUGCUCAAGAUGUUUUAGCACAUUUGGUUCAAAUGGCAUUUAAAUACUUGGUUCACUGUCUUCAAUCAGAACUUAAUAAUUACAUGCCAGCCUUUCUAGAUGACCCUGAAGAGAACAGUCUGCAAAGACCAAAAAUAGAUGAUGUGCUGCACACGCUCACAGGAGCCAUGUCCUUGCUACGACGCUGCAGAGUCAAUGCCGCCCUGACCAUCCAGCUCUUCUCUCAGCUCUUCCACUUCAUCAAUAUGUGGCUGUUCAAUAGAUUGGUGACCGACCCAGAUUCGGGGCUGUGCUCCCAUUACUGGGGUGCAAUUAUCCGUCAGCAGUUGGGCCAUAUUGAAGCCUGGGCUGAGAAGCAGGGGCUGGAACUGGCUGCGGACUGUCAUCUGAGCAGGAUCGUGCAGGCAACGACUUUGCUUACCAUGGAUAAGUAUGCACCUGAUGACAUUCCAAAUAUAAACAGCACCUGCUUUAAGUUAAAUUCACUACAACUUCAAGCCUUAUUACAGAACUAUCACUGUGCACCUGAUGAGCCUUUUAUCCCAACGGAUCUUAUAGAAAAUGUAGUGACUGUGGCUGAAAACACUGCCGAUGAGCUGGCCCGCAGUGAUGGAAGGGAAGUGCAGUUGGAGGAGGAUCCUGAUCUGCAGCUGCCGUUUCUUUUGCCAGAAGAUGGUUAUUCUUGUGAUGUUGUCAGAAACAUUCCAAAUGGUUUACAAGAAUUUUUAGACCCUCUGUGCCAGAGAGGAUUUUGCAGGUUAAUUCCUCACACACGUUCACCAGGUACUUGGACAAUAUAUUUUGAAGGUGCAGAUUAUGAAAGUCACCUUCUGCGUGAGAACACAGAGCUGGCUCAGCCUCUGAGGAAAGAACCUGAAAUAAUCACUGUGACCCUAAAAAAGCAGAAUGGAAUGGGCCUUAGCAUUGUUGCAGCAAAGGGUGCUGGUCAAGAUAAACUAGGAAUCUAUGUGAAGUCGGUUGUGAAAGGAGGUGCUGCAGAUGUGGAUGGACGUCUAGCUGCAGGUGAUCAGCUCCUCAGUGUGGAUGGACGAAGUCUGGUUGGACUCUCUCAGGAAAGGGCAGCAGAACUCAUGACAAGAACAAGCUCUGUGGUGACACUGGAAGUAGCAAAGCAGGGUGCCAUCUACCACGGUCUGGCCACCCUUCUCAAUCAGCCAUCCCCCAUGAUGCAGAGAAUUUCAGAUCGUCGUGGCUCAGGUAAACCCCGACCAAAGAGUGAAGGCUUUGAGCUCUAUAAUAAUUCAACUCAAAAUGGGUCUCCUGAGAGUCCUCAGCUGCCUUGGGCAGAAUAUAGUGAACCAAAGAAAUUGCCUGGUGAUGACAGACUGAUGAAAAAUAGAGCUGAUCACCGUUCCAGCCCCAACGUAGCAAAUCAGCCUCCUAGUCCUGGAGGGAAAAGUGCAUAUGCCUCUGGAACAACAGCGAAGAUAACAUCUGUCUCUACUGGAAACCUCUGCACUGAGGAGCAGACGCCUCCGCCUAGACCUGAAGCCUACCCCAUCCCCACUCAGACGUACACCAGAGAGUAUUUUACCUUCCCAGCUUCCAAAUCCCAGGAUCGGAUGGCUCCUCCUCAGAACCAGUGGCCAAAUUAUGAGGAAAAGCCGCAUAUGCACACAGAUAGUAAUCAUUCCAGUAUUGCAAUUCAGCGUGUUACACGUUCCCAAGAAGAACUUCGAGAAGAUAAAGCUUACCAACUUGAGCGGCAUCGAAUAGAGGCAGCUAUGGACCGAAAGUCUGAUAGUGAUAUGUGGAUAAAUCAGAGCUCCUCACUGGACUCCAGUACCUCUAGCCAAGAGCAUCUGAACCAUUCCUCUAAGUCGGUCACCCCUGCUUCUACACUGACCAAAAGUGGCCCUGGCCGUUGGAAAACACCAGCAGCCAUACCGGCCACCCCUGUGGCCAUCUCCCAGCCAAUCCGAACAGACCUGCCUCCGCCACCCCCGCCACCUCCAGUCCACUAUGCCGGUGAUUUCGAUGGAAUGUCCAUGGAUUUGCCUCUCCCACCACCCCCUUCCACCAACCAGAUAGGGCUGCCGUCUGCACAGGUGGCUGCUGCCGAACGGAAAAAGAGAGAAGAACAUCAGCGUUGGUAUGAGAAGGAGAAGGCCCGCCUGGAGGAGGAGCGGGAGAGGAAGCGGAGAGAGCAGGAGAGGAAGUUGGGCCAGAUGCGCACUCAGUCCUUAAACCCUGCUCCGUUUUCUCCCCUGACUGCACAGCAGAUGAAGCCCGAAAAGCCUUCCACACUCCAGCGGCCACAGGAAACAGUCAUUCGGGAGCUGCAGCCUCAGCAGCAGCCCCGCACGAUCGAGCGCAGAGACUUGCAGUACAUCACAGUCAGCAAAGAGGAGCUUUCCUCGGGGGACAGUCUGUCCCCCGACCCGUGGAAGCGGGACGCCAAGGAGAAGCUGGAGAAGCAGCAGCAGAUGCACAUCGUGGACAUGCUGAGCAAGGAGAUCCAGGAGCUCCAGAGCAAACCGGACCGCAGCGCCGAGGAGAGCGACCGGCUGCGCAAGCUCAUGCUGGAGUGGCAGUUCCAGAAGAGACUCCAGGAGUCGAAGCAGAAGGACGAAGAUGACGAGGAGGAGGAGGAGGACGAUGUGGACACCAUGCUGAUCAUGCAGCGCCUGGAGGCUGAACGAAGAGCGAGGCAGACUGCUAUGCCAGCAAUCUCUGUUCUAGAUUUGUUGCAGGACGAGGAGCGGAGGCGGCAGCAGCAGUUAGAAGAGAUGCGCAAGCGGGAAGCGGAAGACCGAGCGAGGCAAGAGGAAGAGCGCCGGCGGCAGGAGGAGGAGCGAACAAAACGAGACGCUGAAGAAAAGAGGCGACAGGAAGAAGGGUAUUACAGCCGCCUGGAAGCCGAGAGGCGCAGACAGCACGACGAGGCGGCGCGCAGGUUGCUGGAACCCGAGGCGCCCGGUCUGUGCCGCCCUCCGCUUCCCCGGGACUACGAGCCCCCGUCCCCGUCCCCCGCGCCCGGCGCCCCUCCUCCCCCGCCUCAGCGAAACGCCUCCUACCUCAAAACACAGGUCCUCUCCCCCGACUCGCUGUUCACUGCCAAGUUUGUUGCAUACAAUGAGGAGGAGGAGGAGGAGGACUGCAGCCUAGCAGGUCAGGAUAAGUACUCCAGCACAAGAAAGUCUCAUGGGGACCUUCUUCCUGCCCCUCUUAAACCACGGCCACCCCCCUGCCAGCCACGCCCGGCCUCCGAUGGCAUCUUUCUCUCCAACUCAUUCCAGCCACCCUCAGCCAAAGCCAACAGUACUGCUCACAAAAAAGGCCAGCCCCCGCCCCCUCCAAAAAAAUCCAGCUCCUACCAUCCCAGCCACUGCAAAGGUAGAGGACCAAACUCUUACCCAGGAUCUACUGGAGCAGCUGUUGGAGCCCAUGACGCCUGUCGAGAUGCAAAAGAGAAGCGCUCUAAAAGCCAAGAUGCAGAUUCACCUGGAAGUUCUGGGGCCCCUGAAAACUUGACAUUCAAGGAACGCCAGCGUCUUUUUUCACAAGGUCAAGAUGUAUCCAAUAAAGUGAAAGCUUCUCGUAAAUUAACAGAACUGGAGAAUGAACUGAACACAAAGUGAAAGAAAAUGAGGAGAACACUUUGUAUUUACCCCAAAAUCUUUUCAGUUGUGGGUUUGUAGGUGCGAGUUUGAAGAGGAAAGAGGAAGGGGGUUAUAUUUCUAAGUGAUUUACAAUUUCUGUUUCUAAAAUUGUUGGGAUUUAGAAAUGUUUCAAUUCCAAGAAAUUUUAUUUUACUUUACCAUGAGAUUGCCAUUUAUGUAAUUUAAACACUGUCUAGUUUCUUAAUUAUCUAACUCACAUGAGGGUAAGUUUUUUGUUGGUUUCUUUUCUGGAGUCCUGAGUUCAAAGGGGACAGAACUAAGGGCAGGAGAAGAGAAUGGAUGUGUCUUCUCUCCCAUCUUCCCCUCAUCAUCAACCGAGGAGCACAAAGAAGUUCUGUUUCUGUUUUUUUCAGAAACUUUAUUUUAGCUGUCAAGCAGAGAAUAGCUUGAACUAUUCAGACUAUUAUUGGCACUGUUUAGUAGUGACCACACACUCUUCUACCCGGGAAGGAACAUAUGACAACAUGCUCCUCCCAUGUCCCCUGAUGGUGUCUGUUCCCACAAUAUCCUUCUAGUCUGCAUCGUGAAGUGGCUUAAGCCAAAGCUUCCUGUGCGAUGACGCACGUCCGAGACUGUUCCAUCUCAUUCCUCGCAAAUUUGAGCUCUUCUGAUCAAUUCUAAAUAUUUGAUUAAUUUUAAUUCUGAAAGAAAAUUUUGAGGAUUUAAGCUUAGGGGAUUUUAUUUUUAUAAAUACCAGAUUAUUGUUAGACUUAAUAAAUCACUGGUAAAUUUAAAGAUGACAGUUACCUUGGAAAGUUCACUAAUACUUCAGCUGCUCCAAGGCGUCUGUAAAAGAAGAUAUCUUUAUUGGAGCAAUGUUCGUGUGACUGGGAAUGACAGAAGAAUGGGAGAUGAGUAGGGACCCCUCAAGCACAGCUGUCACUCAGAAAUUUUAAAUUUGAAAAAGAAAUCGAUUUUCAUCUGUAUGCCGUCAAGGAAGGAAUUCAAUUACAGGGCAUCUGUAACUUAAAUAUUGUAAGAAUAACUCAUAUGGAAGUUCAAGCUAUUUUUAUACUAUAAUAGAGUUAUUUAAUUUUAAUUUGUUGAAUUAUUAGUUACCACUGUCAUUUCUUCAGCUAUGGAUAUGUGGCUGAUGUUGGGGAGACGGACCUCAGUGUGUUUUAUAUUGUCUGGUGUUAAGAUGAUAAAUUACUUUGUGAUUACAAGCAAAUUUUCUAUUUGACAAAGCCCUUGGUGGAGUCCAAAUGAUUUUUCUGUACCAUAUUUUUCUCUUACACAUACGUAUGUUAGGAAAAUAGGCACACUUUCAAAGAGAAUGUUCUCUUACACAUACAUAUGUUAGGAAAAUAGGCACACUUUCAAAGAGAGGUAUAGGGGCUUUUUACUGCCUUCGAAAUCACUUUUAAUAAAAGUUGUAUGAUAAAUCAUUAAAAAUGCAAGUGUAAAUAUUUUUUUACCUCUAUCAGGGUUUUUAUUUGAAAGUGUGCUCUUACCAUUUCCUUGUUUGAGUAAGAGAGUGAAAUGGUUCUGAGUGUUUAGGAAGGAUUUGCUUGCUUGCAGCAGAAGUUCUAGGAAAAGCAGGCACCUCCCAAAUAUCUUGAGGACACUGGCAGCCUUAUGGUGACUAAAUCCACACUUUCUUUAAAGAGAUGCAGAUGAAUUACUUUUCUGUUAAUAUAUAGAAAAAUACACAGGAGAACAUGCAGAUACAUGUAAAUAUCUACAUACAGGGAUAUUUGUAUGUGUGGUGGUGAAACCCAUACACAAGUGGAUUUGGCCAUCUUUGGGCAGUGAGGUCAAAUGUGAAUAUGUGUAAAAGUGCUUUUCAGAACUGUGCAUUACUAUGAGAAAACAUCAAAACUGCUGUAGUUUUCCAUUUCUACUGUAUUUCAGUUGCAACCUAUUUUUAAUAAACUUUGUAUGUAUUUAAGUGUAUUUGCUAUUGUUUUGAAAGUGCUGACAAAGUUUAUAUUUGUAACAUCAGCCUUCUUCACCCGUCUCUUUCCAUCUGUCUCUUCUUCAUUAAACACUUACUGAGUAUGA